AUGCAUAGAAGAUCACCAAGGAUAUUAAAGAAGAAUCAAAAUAAGAAGGGCACGCAAGAGAUUAGGCAAGCUAAAGAACCAAAACAAAAUGUGAAGACCAAGAAGAAAAUUGAAGAAGAUCCAACCAGAAAAAGGAAGAACAAGAAUACAAAUGAAGAAAGAUAUGUGAAACAAAAGAACAAAGCUGAGGAAGAACCAGAACAAUCGGAAUCAGAAUCCGAAGAAGAAGCACAAGAAAAAUCAGAUGAUCAAGAUUCUGAAGAAGAGGAAGAUAAAUCUGAAGAAGAAGCAGAAAAGAGCAAACCGAAGAAAUUCGCCAAAGGCGGUUCAAGGCCGAGAGUAAAACCACAACAAAGGCUGAAAACCAAGAAGGUAGAAUCAGAAGAAUCGGAAUCAGAAUCCGAUGAAGAAGAGCAACAAAAUUCAGAUGAAGAGAAUCAAGAGGAGAGCAAACCAGAGGCACGGCUCAAAGGCAAGUGGAGAGCAAAUGAAAAAAGAAUCAAAGGAGGUCUCCAACCAUUGGCUGAUAUGGGGAAUUUUCUAGGCAAAAAAUUUGAAGUAGAAGAUGCAAAUAACAAAAAGAAACCGAUACUUGCAAAAGCACUGAAGGAAUCUCCAUAUUGGGACUUAAUCAUCCCAUUUUAUAAAGUUCAAAUUUGGAGAAAACGAAGAAUGCUCUCUGGAAGCAAGAGAUUUCGCUUUGAUAUUCAAGAUGAGAAGACUGAUAGAGAGUGA